AUGCCCAGCGAUCCGUCUUCUGCCGCGGAUCCUGCAACGAACCACUCCGGCGUAACCGCAGAAAGCCUGGCGCAAAAGCUGAAGGAAACUCUGGGCGCAUCACUCGUUGAGAUUAAGGACAUGUCAGGCGGAUGCGGUCAGAUGUUCGAGGCCACCAUAGUAUCGGAACAGUUCACCAAGAAGACUACCCUGGCCCGACAUCGGCUGGUUAAUUCGGCCUUGAAGGAAGAGAUUGCGGCCAUUCACGCGUGGACACCGAAGUGCUUUACUCCAGAGCAGUGGGAGAAGCGCAAUCAAUCGUCAUGA